UUGGAGGGAAACGAAGGCCGGCGAAAGGACUGGGGGAAGGGACCCAGGCCUAGAACAACUGCUGACUAAUCGGCCGGCCGGCGGGCGGGUGGGCGGCGGGGGAGGGGGUGUGCUGCCGGGUCAGGCGGAGUCACGCGCCCGAGUGCGUGCAGAAUGAGUUCGGGGCGCUCAGACCUUGGCGGGAAACUAGAAUCCCGACUGCCAGCCGGGGGCCCCCGCCAGGCCUUCCGGGGGCGGGUGCGCGCGCCGCACACAUAGCCCCAGGACCGCCCAUAACCACCUUCAGCCACGCUAUGCAUGCCAGAGACCAUCCUGGCCGACUGUCCCCAGCACUGCCUCUUGCCUCUUCAACCCUGAUGCUGCUGCUGAGUAGCCUGUGGCUGGUGGGGGCAGGCCCCAGCCUUGCCCUAACCCCGGAGCUGCUGCUGGACCCCUGGCAAGUGCACCGGCUCCUGACCCAUGCGCUGGGUCACACGGCUCUGCCAGGCCUGCUCCUGAGCCUGCUGCUCCUGCCCACACUGGGCUGGCGGCAGGAGUGUCACCUGGGUACGCUGAGGUUCCUGCAUGCCUCUGCCCUGCUCGCCUUAGCCACUGGGCUGAUGGCUCUGCUGCUGGCAGGCAUUGGGGCAUCCACCGCAGCUGGUGGCUGUGGAUACAUGCCUGUCCACCUGGCCAUGUUGGCAGGGCAAAGUAACCACCCUAGGCAGCCCCAUGGGGUGCUGCCACCUAGGCUGCAGCCGUGGCUGCUGCUUGCCCUGACACCACUGCUCAGCUCUGAGCCGCCCUUCCUGCAGCUCUUCUGUGGCCUCCUUGCUGGCUUGGCCUAUGCAGCUGGGGCCUUCUGGUGGCUGGAGCCCUCAGAGCAGCGGCUGCAGGUGCUACAGGCAGGCGUCGUAUGCAGGACCCUGACCAGAUGGUGGCCACUCAGGUUCCUUCCCGCCCCAGGAAGCCUGGCUGAGCUGCCUGUCACCCAUCCUGCCACGCAGAGGCCUCCUACCCCUGGACCUCCUAACAUGGCCUCCCCUAGCCUCUGGUCCCAAGUUGGAGGCUCAGCCCCACUCCCACCAGGUCUGGAACCUGUGCAGCACACCUGGGAGGGCUCUUCAGAAUUAGGCCUCGCCUGGGCUGGCUCCAGCUUCCCCCCAGGAUCCCCUCUGUGGGCGGCCCUGGAUGAACAGAUGCUACAAGAAGGGAUCCAAGCCUCACUCCUUGAGGGGCCUGCCCAGGGACUGGAAAGCCCUCUGUGGCUGCCUAAGUCUUCUGUUUCCUCUCUGCGGCUGCAGCAGCUGGAGCGCAUGGGCUUCCCCACAGAGCAGGCGGUGGUGGCACUGGCAGCCACAGGUCGCGUGGAAGGCGCUGUGACAUUACUUGUUGGGGAGCAGGUGGGCGUCGAGACUUUGGUGACUGAUGGGAAGGGUGGGUCUGCCCAUCCCGAGGGUCCUGAGCCCCCUUAGCAAUGGCAGAUCUUUAGGUGACCUGCAGGUGUGUAGCCAGGCCCCUGCCCUGUCUACUGAGAGGCCCCAUGGGGUACAGGGGCACCCUAGGGAGCAGGAGAGGAUCCUUCAGCAUCCCACUCUGGUACUAUUAAUAAAAAACAAUUCACUUUUC